AUGAGCGAUGAGGAGAGUUCUCAGCAACCAAAAGAUGAGGACGCCAAAAAAGAGCUGACAGAACCCGAAGAGAACAGUUGCAACGCAACGAAUGAUGAAGCUCCAGAAGCUGUCUUGGAUGAAAAAGACAAACUCGAGGCUUCGAAGGGGCCAUUGGCAUUUGAAAGCUUGAUUCAGAAUUUGCCGGCUGGAUGCUCUCCGAUUAGUUGUGAUGCAGAUGAUAAAAAUCUUUAUUUGGGAACUCAGCAGGGCGACCUUCUGCACUACUUCGAGUUGGAACCGAAAAAUUAUAUGCUAGUUUCCCAGACAAAGUUUGACCCUAACCAGGAUGUACCAAUUGAGGCAGUGAGAGUACUUCCGCUUAUCGAAAUAGCUUUGGUCCAUUCUGGAAAAUCUCUGCACUUUUACCUCUUGCCAGAGUUUGCACCAGUACCAAAUAUGGGCAGUAUAGCCAAUGUGAGUGACUUCCAAAUCGUACGGUAUUCUUCGAGCUCAAAUUCGUAUCAAGUCCAAGUGUUUGGUUCAGAAGGCGUCAGAAAAUUGAAUAUCUUCAAUAAACGCGUCGCAACUUCCGAUCUGGCCUACUCUAAGCCUGUAUCUAGGGCGAAAGUGCAUCGUAAGUCAAUGAUGGCUUCAAACGGGUCUAAUUACGAACUCAUAGAUCUGAAAACGGGUGACAAAUCACCUCUUUUCCACGUCAGCGAAACAGGUGUUGAUUUGAAACCUAUGAUCGCUGCCUACCAUACUGACGAGUUUCUUGUGUGCUGCGGAAGCUCAGCAACGGACAAUGCAAUGGGUCUUGUCGUCAACUGUCAAGGUGAUAUUACACAAGGAACCAUAGUUUUCGAAAGAUAUCCCUUGGACAUACUAAUCGACCUUCCAUUUAUACUUGUGGAUUACGGAGAGCUAGGAAUCUACGUCUAUCAGGUAGAAAUGAAUAAUGAACCUAAAAUUGUUCAAAAAUUUCACACUAACGCGGAAGGCUCCAGGCUACGACUAGCGAGGAGCACGAAUGUAUUUUCAUUCGAUAAGCCUGAAAGAAAACGGCAGAUUGUUGAUAAAUUGAGGCUGGUACCUCUUAGCCUUGGAACUCAUGAAUUUCGUAUUGAUCAAGAGCGAAGCUACGUCACGAAUAAUUACGAGGAAGUGACAUCCUUGUUAAUAUACUCAUCUGCCGGAAUUUACCUUCUGAGCAAGGAGCCCAUCAUUCUGCAAAUUUCCGAUUACAGUGAAACGACUAUAGAGAGAAUAAAAGAAAUAUUACAAACAUACCAAAACGUCAACUACAUCGGAACAUUUCAAAAGCUAAAUAUACACUACCUGCGUUUAUUGCAUCUCCUUUUGAUAACUUUGCAUUGCCAAUCCAUUGACCAAAAAAUUGUCUCGGAAUGGUGUUCAAGCGCUUCGCAGGUGGACAUACGUGUUUUUCUUCGCUUGUGUGACAUUGAGAUUCUGGGCGACCCUUGGGUUCCCAACGGUCUGGUUAACUUUAUAAACGAGACGCGCUCAUUGAAGCUUUGCAAUAAGUUCUUAGACUUUUUACAAAACCUCGCCCUCAUCCGCGAGAAGCUUCGGGAGGAUACAUCAUGCUCAGUGAAGGAUAGGGAAAACCUUUUUCGCAGCAUCGAUAGGGCAAUUGUAAAAUACAGCGUCGAACACGAGCUUAAUGUCAACAUAGACCAGUGCGAACCAGACAAUUAUGCAGAUUUAUUGCCGCUGCUAAAGAUGAAAAGGGAAUUAUAUGGCCCGCUGAUCUACGACAUUCAUCUCCGCAUGGGCGACUAUCCGAAUUGUUUGAACCUUUUAAAAGAGCAAGAUAACGGCCCUAAAAUUAGCUCGUUCAUGUUGAAGCACUUCGUCGAUCUGCAGUCCAAUGACAAAUACAGCCAGAAAAACUUGCUGACGGACGUUGUUUUCUUGAUAGAAUUUACAGCUAGCGGUGCUGAUCGUGAGAUAAUAAUGAAAGAUGUUAUAGAUAUCAUGGAAAACGCGAAGCUCGAUGCUAAAGAUUUGGUGACCAUAGCAGAGAGAAAUCUCACAAAGGUGACAAUCUUGGAGACCUUGGGUUUCAGUGAUGUCAGCGAUAAGCAUUUCAUGAUAGACUAUUACAUCUCGAACGUUCAAGAGGUAAUGGAGAAGAGAAAUCUAUGGGAUUUAUUUGCUCAGUUAUUGGCCUCCUAUACUCAAGACUACGAUUAUUUGAAGCCGGGCUUUAGCUCUUACUUAGAUCUCAAAUUGAGUGCAAAUCCUGAGUGCAGUGGGUUGUUGAAAUACUGUGAGAAGUUAAGAGCGUUGAUAUACGCAGAAAAUGACAGACUUGUAUUUGAUGCUGUUGUCGAGCGAAUUAGAGAAUUUGACAUCGCCGACGUGCUCUUAUUUUAUUUGAUAUGUGAUGAAGACAAGUAUCUUAUCUUUGAAGGAAACUUGCUGGACAAGUUAAUGACCUUCAAUGAUUUUGAGACUAUCGACAAACUUCUUACACAAAAGGAUGUGGUUAAGGUAUUGAAAUUCUACUUGAGCCUAGAGUCCGAAAAAGACUCGUCCAUGCUGGUGAAAAACCAUUUAAGAAAGCAUUUAAACAUGGUGACUUCCUUCGAAAACUUGGUUGAGAUCUUAAAACUCAUUCCUUCUGACUACGGUCUAGCGAAUGUGGCAGAUGCCCUCACUUCUGUACUGGUAAAGUCUAGAUCGACCAUUACUGACCAGGAAUUGCACAAAGCAUUGUUAAAGCACCAGUUACAGGCUAGCGCCCGCCUGCUAGAGGGUUUAAGGGAAAAACCCGGUAUCUUGGAAUAA